AGCUAGACUAUAAUAUCACUGUUUGUAGCCAUUGAGUAACGUAUUACCACUUGAUUUGUUAUCGAUAUCGACUUGAAAAUCUGUUGUCAUUCUCACAUCGCGAGGCAUAAGCAAAGACAAAAAAAGUGAGAACGAAGUGCGUUAUUUCAUUUUUAUACCAUUUAAUUUAAUUAGAAAUCUAAGCAAACCAACAAUAUGCGCGAGUGAAUUAGUGCCACUCUAAAAACCCAAACGGCUCCCGUGCCCGCUUCGUGUAAAUGGCAAAAAACUGACGCGAAAAGUAAAACUGCCAACAACAACAAGCAGAAAACAGAAAGCAUAAGCUAGAAGCACCAACAAAAACAACAGCAGCAGCAACAACAACGCAAUUGUGAUAGACAAAGGAAUAGAUUAAGAAAAGAAAAGGUAAAAGGCGAAUGGGAACAGAAGGAUGGGAAAGACGAAAACAGGCUGAAUUGUAUCUUGAAAAUAUCUUUGCUCGAACAUAUAGAUGAACGCGGAGACUAAGGAAACUCGAGUAAACGCUUUUUACACACUUGCACAUUUGAUACGCAACGAAAAUAGCUUUUAAAGAAAUAAGUAAUAAGUAAUAAGCAGCGGAAUAAGCAUAGCCAUAAAAAUAAAUAAGGAAAGCGUGGGAGGCAAAUAGGAGAAUAAAAAAAACACUUUGGUGUUGAAAGAGAGGAAGCAGAAGACUAGCCAAAAUAAAGAGGAAGAGCUGUUAUUAUUGUUGUUGCUGUUGCAAAUAAAAACACAGGCACAUACAAACACUUGGACAGUCAGAUACAGAUACAGCCACAGCUGAUGUAAAAUAAUUUGAAGCGCCUGUGUGUUCGUGCCCGUUUACAAUUGAUUAAAACCAAAACACACGAACACACUAUCACAUAGGAACAGACAACAAUAACACUUGCACACACACACAAUCACAUUGCCUCACCAUUGUGGAAAUUGAUUAAAGAUUAUAAGGUUCCAGCUUAACACUCAGAAACACUAAUACAACCAUACAUACCGAUGCGGGAACACUAUAAAAUCGUCUGAAGCACUGCCAAAUCAUAAGUGAGACGACAGGAUCAAAAGGAGGAGGAGGAGGAGCGGGCGUCGGAGAGCAAGGAGCGGGAGGUUCCCCUCCAGGAAGCGGUAGUAGAGUUAAGGGCACUGAGGGAACACCAACGGAUCCAUGAUGCUGUACGUGUUCCAUGUAGACGUCGGCCGCAUGCUGAGCUUUGAUAUGAACGUUGCCCUGCAGUCGGUGGAACACUUGAAGGAAACAAUCCAAAAGCUGCACAAUAUACCAGCUGCAAACAUUGUGCUGCUGGUGAGCGGCGGCGAAAUGCUGACGCACUCAACCCAGGUGUCGUGCUACUCGGCUGGCACGGACACAAAUCCCAUCUACAUGUUCCUCACAGGGGACGAGCGCCCGGCGCCCACGAUAUCAAACUCAGAUGCCGACGCCGAGCUCCGUCGGCAAGUGGAGGAAAGCCACCGGUUGCCACCGGCUCUAGAGACGGUGCGUCAGCGGGCGCAGUUGGCACAGCUUAUGCGAGAGCUGGCCAGAAAGGAAGAAGAUGUGUGCGAGCGCUUGGUCCACGAGCAGCACCUCCAGCAGCAGGGCUGGUCGGCGGUGGUGGCCAAUAUGGAGGAUCUAACAAACGAGUUUCGCGAGCGUUUCCACAAUUUCUGCUCCUCAUUCGAGCGGCACCUUCAAAAGCGCGAGAAUUAUUUGGAGUUGUUGCGCAACUUUGCCGAUGAUCUCAAUCAGCUGGGCAGGAUUCCCAUACUUCCCGGCCUAAUGUCACUCGCCGAAGCCGAUUUCCAUGGAUUUGACGAACUGCUGGAGAACGACGAUGUGUUUACCGCCCAGCAACAGGCGGCGCAGCAGCAUCAGGGUCUCACCGAGUCCUCACAAGCAGACUCCCCCAAUAAGAAGCUUAAAAUGGGCGAUGAGGACGAAACGGAGUCAGGUGACCAGCAGGAGCGCGUAUCUCAAACCUCGACCAGCAGCAGCUCUCUGGCACGUCGCCACAACCUUAACCUACGGCAGUGGAUUAGCUCCAAGGGUAACCACAGUGCCCUGCAACUUAUGUCGGACGAGUGCAUCCAGGGACUGGACACCUUCAGCGCGGAUAUCUAUGAAAAGCUGAAGAAGGAAGUCAAAGAGAUUAUUAAGAUGGCAAACCAGGGCGAUGUUAAGGAGAUUAAGGGUCUCGGCGACCGUCUCUGCAAGCUGGAGGAGUUUAAGUUCCGGAUCAAGGAUAUGGUAAAGGAGCAAAAGGAGCAGGCUCUUGCCCUGCAGCAGAACGAGGCGCGGGCGCAAAAUCUGCGCGAUAACUCCGUCCUGCCGGACCUCUGCCUCUCGCAUCGCUCACAGCUACAGGUGAUGCUGGAGACUCAUACAAAGAUACGCGAGUACUGCCGCUGCAUAGCCAACUCUAAGGACGAGCUCGGCUGGAAUCUGCACACACGUCUGCGUCGGAUUGUGUUUAUCGAAAAUGGGAUGAGUGAGUUUGAUAAUCGGCUGCUCUUUAAUCACCGAUGCUUACGGCGAGCCGAACGGCACUUAAGUAUUAUCGAGCAGAUCCAUCGGGCCCCGAGGACUUAUGUGGCCGCCGUAGCAGAAGUGGUGCGUAGGAGGAUAUUUUCGGAUGAGUUCCGACAGUGGGCAACUCGCCUUUCCGGGGAUUUCGAUCGCAUCCACAGCGAGGAAUUGCGCAGAAGGAGGGAGUUCAAUGCAAGCUUUGAAGGCCACUUUCUUAAUAUUCUGUUUCCUGGAAUGGGAGACAUGCCUCCAGCUUUUGCGAAUGAGCACCCCUUAAACUUUGAUACACGUUUGCCCCCUUUGAGUCGAUCAGAUAUGGAGCUCCUGUCCUCGCAAUUGCCAGAAUUGGCGGAACAGCUGCAGUUGCCCGACAUGAAGCCUGUGAUAGACUUUUUCGUUUUCCGGUCGGGCAAAGAAGCGGACCAUGAUCAGGAGUCGGACCCCCCACUGUUGGCUCCGCGAUUGGCUGAACUGCAAGGGCAGACAGCAGCCUCCGAUUGCGAAACCGAUACGGAAACGGAGUUUGAAAAGGUCAGUACCACGUCAAAAUGUGUGGCUACAUCAACCUCCGCUAGUUUGGUAGAGCAGGUAGCGCAGGGCACUGCCACUGAGGAUCUGCUCAUGCUAAGUGCUGGCACUCUGACCGAUGAGAAUGCUGGCAGUCACCAGAGGAUAUGUAGCGUUAUGGAAAAUAUGUCUAAGUUGGCACGAGCUUGCCUCGCCGAAGCUCGCUCGAAUGUGGACAUCUUUCGUAGUGAAUUUGCUAAUUACCAAGAUGAGCUACAGUCCGAGCUCCAUCUUUUGCGUGAUAAGUGUAAUGUUCUAAGAAUGGAAUUUACGGAACGCGAGCAAAAAUCCCAGGAGCAGCUGGAAGAGAUGCGCUUAAAACUGCAGCUAGCGGAACAAGAGAAACAGGCGGCAGUGGCCCAGGCACGGGAGCAGCUUAUUCAUGAGCACAAAACAGAGUUGGAGUCCCUCCGAUGCAGGUUUAAACUGAUGACCUCCAUGGAACGUUCGCCGUCGGACAGCAGCCUUGAGAAACUAGAGCGACCUACAAGCAGUGCCAGCGUGGCCAGUGCAAACGCUGGGGUGGAUAUCGACCAUCUUCUGGCCCAGCAGCGUCAGGAGCUGCUAGCCCAAAGGGAGCGUGCCAUUAGCGAGGCCGUUGAUUCGGAGCGAUCGCUGUGGCAGUCACGUCUCUUGCCCCUGAACUCUGAAUCUGUGAUGGCCAACGUGGGCAUAUUAAAAGACAUGCUGGCUGACAAGGAGCGACAGCUGGAGCAGCUGCGAGAGCAGAACAAGAUCCUCACCCAGGAAUCUUACCAGCUGAAAACCCGACUGGAGAUGAUCACCAACGAGGAUGGUAAUAGCUGGCUUAAAGAGAAAAUUGACUAUCUAAACAAGGACAAAUGCCGGCUGGAGGAGGAGCUCAGUCAGGAGAAGAUCCGCCGUCAGGAGAUGGAGACCAGUGUGGCAGCUAUGAGAAGACGAAUGCUAACACUAAGCUUUUCCGCCCAUAGCUCUGCCUACGAUUUGAAUAUGGGUGGAUCCGUGGCCCGUUCCAAGUCCGGCGUGAGUUCCAGUCACCGGUCCAUAGCUUUGGAGGGCUGUGCACGGGGUGAUCUCGUGUUCGUGGUUUGGAGCAUGCGUCAUGCGCAAUUUAUGGUCGUCCAGGACUCGCUGACUCUGUACUUUGUCCACGCUGACAGCCUGGCUGGUCUGCAGUUGACGGCUCCGGCUACACCCACUCCGGCACUGGAACCCUCCUUGGCAGUUGUGGAACUCAACCAAAUCCCGCUGCCCUACUACGCCAUAGGCCGGGUCAUAGACAAAGAGUACUGCCAGGCGCGAAAGGAUGACAAUCGUUACCGCGUCAGCAGGGGCUCAAAGUUCUACCGCAUCAAACUGGCUCCGUUGCCCUCUCGAAACGCUUCGCGGAGAGAGCGUUUAGAGUCCAGCUCAUCCGUCGCCGCAGCCAUUGCAUCGCCCAGAGAUGUUAUUGAUGCUCCCAGCAGCAGCAGUGUCUACCAGAGCUUCAAGCAGCGCACGGUGAGCAUUACGAGCGUGAAUGAGGAGGAUGACGAGUCGCCUUCACUGCUUAGCGAGCGGUGUCGCUACAUAAGUGUCAGCGAGGAGGAUGAGUUGCAUGCUGCUGGCGGCUCAGUGUCGGCAAUAACAGCUACUAUUGCAACAUCCAUAACGACAGCAGCAGCAUUAACAACAACAACCACAACUGCUGCAUCAGCGGUGGUGGGAGCGUCGACUAAAACUGCAGCAACGGCAGCAACUCAAGCACAGUCUGUGAUAACAGAGCAGCCAACGGCAUCGAGUAAACUUAAAUUGGAUCUACUCUUGGCCUCUGCUGAUAUAAUAACACAACCCUUAACGCAACAACCACAUCAACAGCGACAGGAGCCAGGGCAACACGUUGAUGUGGAGAGUGCAGCGCCUGUGGCCGAAACCAGUCCAAAUCAAACAAUCCAACCGGAAAAUCCAGAACCGGAAACCAUCACCAUCUAUGUGCCCCCCAAUCUCCCGACAGAAUCGACUGUAACCACCAACACAAGUGCCAGCAUCCUGGCCAGCAUCAGUGCGGAGCCGAUUAUCAGCACAGCACCCAUGUUACCAAUGUCUAUUGGAACAGCGGCCAUAAGCGAGGACUCCGACGAGUACCGAUCGCUGGAAGGCAAGGAUGAUGGCGAUGCCGAUGAUUUUCCCAUUUCCGAGUAGUAUACGAUAUUUGGGAGUUACAUAUAACUACUUAUAUACAUAAAUGGAGUGUGUAUCUAGGCUAAAUCUUUUACUCUAUGUAGGAACCGCAGCAAAAACAACAAACAAAGCCCCAUAAAAAUAAGCCACAGGGCAGACACAAAACACGAAUACCAACCAACAAAUAGAACCACAAACACAACCACAACCAACAAAAGCAACAGCAACAGCAAAGUGAAAAGUUAUAUACUUAACUAAUCUAAAGUUUACCAAGUGCAGAAUAUAUAUUCAAAAAGAAACUGAAACAAAUGUUCUAAUGUAGUCUAUGUCUACAUAAUGAUAUAAUCUUAACAAAUUUGAAUGCGGACCUUACCCCUUCAAACACAACCACACCGAGACACUAACACAAGCUAGGAUUUUCAAAAUUUUUAUUUCAAAUAAAAAUAAUGUACUUUAACAAAUUUACCUUAUAAUCAAAAUAUUUACAUUGGUAGUUUUCGGUUUAAAGUUAUAAUUUGCUUAUUUUAGUGCCAAGAGAAUAAUUUCCGAGUCACGUUAGUUUCGUAGCGAGUAGAAUUGAUAUGAAGAAAAUAAAAUUAUAUUUUUUAUAGGCAUUUUUAAAAGACUAGAACACAAAGAGUUUGCACACACACCCACCCUCACACAAACACACAACAAAUACAAUCUUACGGGCUCAGCCUGCAAAAAACACAGUUUUAUGCUCAGCUUACACCACUCUCUUCCUCCCCCGAAAAUCAAACUUUCUACUCUCUCUCCUAUAUCUAUAUCUAAGAUAUUUUGAUUUUUCGACUUUGUGUAAAUAAAUAAGAACGGAAAUCGACGAAUAGUUAUUUAUGCCUUUAUUAAUAACAAGGAAACACUUGAAAAUUACAAAAACAAAAUAGAUAUAUACACAUUUAAUGAUUUUUGCGUUAUAAAGCGACGAUUUUUUAACGCGAGGUGUAAAUAUAGAGAAAACAAAAAAUAAUAUUUAAAAAUACUUUAAACAAUUUAAAUGAGAAAACGUGUAAACGAUGGUGUAACAAAUGCGGAUUGCAAAAUUGUCAAGCUUACAAAAAAAGUGUAAAAUCAAAAAUCAAAUAAAAAAUGGUAAACAUUUCAAAACUA